CAAGGUAUAAGGUAUAUCACAAGUAUCACUUGCUCUGACCUCACUUCAUACACGGCACGAGUAGUCUGGGAUCGUCGGCGGUUAAACACGGACGGACAGGUCGAUCAUGUCUGCUGCCGACAAGAUCACUUACCCGGAUCAACUCCGCCAUACACUCCAUGGCCAUACAGGUCCAGUAAAUACAGUCCGCUACAACCACACCUACAAAUACUGUCUCUCUGGAGGAUCGGACAAGACGAUCAGGUUAUGGAACCCCGUGACGGGCGCGCUGGUGAAAGGCUAUGAGGGGAGUAGGAUGGAGGUACUGGGGCUUGAUAUCGCACCAGAUAACGCCACCUUCACCUCAUGCGGCCAAGAAAAAGACCUCUACCUCUGGGACGUCCCCACCGGCCACAUCCUCCGUAAAUUCUCUGGCCACUACGGUCGAAUCAACACCGUCCGAUUCUCCGGGUCCGUCCAACCCGGAGUCAGAAAUUCCGGAUCCAGCGUGAUCCUCAGCGGGUCGUUCGAUUCGAAGGUGAUGAUCUGGGACGUGAGAUCACAGAACCGGGCUCCUAUACAGACGUUACAAGAGGGGAGAGAUAGCGUGACGAGUAUAGAGGUCCCGCCUCUGUCCUCAGCGGAAGGAGGGGGAGGUUUGGGGCAGGUCGUGGUUGGGGGCGUGGAUGGGACGGUGAGGACGUAUGAUGUCAGGAUGGGCAAAAUGGUGGAGGAUGUCAUCGCGGCACCGGUGACAAGCAUAGUCCUCUCCCCAACAACACCGAGAGAGACGAUACUCGUCGCUUCCCUCGACUCAAAAGUCCGGCUCAUGGACCGGUCAAACGGGCAGAUGCUGAACACAUUCGGCGGGCCGGACAACCCGACACCCUCAAGGGCGACAUUUGAGAACACGUCUUACCGCUCCAAAGUCGCUUUCGGGUACGGCGAACGGAGCGUCUUGGCAGGCGAUGAGAAGGGCGGCUUGUGGGUUUGGGAUAUCGUCAGCGCAAAAACGGUAACACCGGAUCAGGAACCGAGAAAGGUACAUGAAAAGGUGAUCACCUGGAUCGAACAUCAUCCGACGAGAGCGGACGAGAUGUUGACGGCGAGCGCGGAUGGGACGAUCAAGGUAUGGGAGAGCAAGAAAGAAUGAUAGAAGCAUUAGCCACAGAUCGGGCAAAUGAAGAUGAUCAGACUGUAAUAACAAUGAGGGUCACGACACAUCGAGUUGUAUAUCCAUUGGCAUCUUUUUCGCAUAUAUCUCAGGGAGUUCUCAGGG